AUGGCAAGACGUCACCUCAAGAGUUGCGCAGAUAGCGCGUCCAACUCGACAGCGCCCCAAGUCGACGUUAGCACCAUUGUCAAGGGCGUGAUCGACGACAUUCGCACCAAUGGAGACACAGCAGUGCGCAAGUACUCGGAGAAGUUUGACAAAUGGUCGCCUGCCUCGUUCAAACUCUCCCGAGAAGAUAUUGAGGCUUCCAUUGCGGCCUGCUCUGCACAAACAAUCGAGGAUAUUAAGCAGGUCCAGAGGAAUGUGCGGGCGUUUGCACAAGCGCAACGUGACUCGAUCAAAGAUUUUGAGUACGAAAUCCAGCCAGGCGUGUUCCUUGGACUGAAAAAUCUGCCUAUCCAGACAGUUGGAGCCUACAUCCCAGGCGGGCGAUACCCCCUCCUUGCCUCCGCCCAUAUGACCAUUCUCACAGCCAAAGUAGCUGGCGUCCCAAAGGUCAUUGGCUGUACUCCUCCUAUCGCAGGCAAGAUCCCUCACGCCACCAUCGCAGCCAUGCAUCUCGCAGGUGCAGACGAAAUCUACCUGCUUGGAGGAGUGCAAGCCAUUGCAGCCAUGGCACUGGGCACCGAGACCAUGGCCAAGGUGGAUUUCAUCGCGGGGCCAGGCAACGCCUUUGUCGCCGAGGCGAAGAGGCAGUUGUUUGGCGAAAUUGGGAUUGAUCUUUUCGCGGGACCGACGGAGAUUCUUAUUGUGGCUGAUGAGACGGCCGAUCCCUUUACGGUGGCAACGGACAUUCUCUCGCAGGCUGAGCAUGGGCCUGAUUCGCCCGCGGUGAUCAUCACCACGUCCGAGGCCGUUGGUCGAGAAUCGAUGCGGCUUAUUACCGAGCUAUUGAAGAACCUGUCGACCGCUGAACUAGCGGGAACCUCGUGGGAACGGUUCGGCGAGGUGAUCGUUGUGGACUCGCUUGAUGAAGCUUGGACACUGGCGGAUGAAUAUGCCAGCGAGCAUGUCCAGAUCCUCACCAAAGAGCCACGCGAAGCCCUCAGGAAAAUGAAUGCCUACGGUGCUUUAUUCCUUGGAGAAAAGACUUGUGUCUCCUACGGCGAUAAGGUCAUUGGCACCAACCACGUCCUCCCCACCAAGAAAGCUGCGAGAUAUACGGGAGGUCUGUGGGUGGGAAAGUAUCUUCGCACCGUGACAUAUCAAGAAGUCACCAGCCGUCAGGCAAGCGGAGAAUUGGGACGGCUGUGUGGAAGAGCAGCACGCGCUGAGAACUUUGAGGGUCAUGCACGGUCUGGCGAUCUUCGGGCUAACAACUAUCUCGGUGAUCAGUUUGAAUGGAUUGAAAGGGACAGGUAG